UACUGGAGGUAUUUUUAUAAUUUCUAUUUAGUAGAAUGUACUUGUAUUUCGAUUAUAUAAAAUAUGAAAGAAACUAGUUCAAAUAAUCGAACAGAAUUUUUUAAACCACCUGUACCUAAAGGACGUUUACCUAUAAGAAAUAUCAAAAAAAAUAAAGAAAUUGAUUAUUUUAAAAAUUUCAAAAAUUCAGUGGUAAAGAAAAAUAUGUAUGAAGUUAAGUACCAAAGUCCAGAAACUCGUAUUUCUGAUGAUCAAUAUACUGACGAUGAAGAUUAUGAUGAGAGUGAGGAAGAAGAUAAUAUUAAUUACAGUUUAAAUACCUCACAAAACAGCGCACAACUAGAAUCUUUUAGUACACCACAUACUUCUUCUAGUACACUACAACUGCAUAGGCGAAGCUUUCACAACUCAAAUACAAGUCAAGAUUUUAACACUAGUAUCAAUUUUUCUUCAUACAAAAUAAAAGAUCAACGUACAAAAGGAUUCUUCUCAAAAUACUUGACUUUAUGCGUUAUUAUUGCCUGUGUUCUAUUAUGUAGUUAUAGUUUAUUUUCUACUAAUUUUUUAUAUCCUCAAACAAAAUCUCACAAAGAAGCAAUUAUUGCAACAAAGCAUAUAUUAAAUAAAUCAAUACAAAGAAUUCAGACACGAUUUCAUAAUCAAAAAGGUACCAUUUGGAAUGAUAUAUCAGCUGGAAUAUAUGAUGUAGUUUUGUUUCAUACAAAACCUACAACUAUUAUACUGUUUGGGAAUGAAAUUAAUACUCUGAAUUGUUUAGCUCAAUUACUUGCACAAUUAAGUGGUAAAAUUUUAGGCAGUAAUGAUUAUUUAAUAUUGACCCCGAAAGACUUUCCAAAUAAUGUUGGUGAAGUUAUUCAUAAUUUGAAAUUACCAAUCAUACAGAAAAAGGCAAUAAUAGUGCAGGAUUUACUGAGUAUCAACAGUGAAGCAAUGAAAGCAUUUCACAAUUUUUGUGAUAGAGAAAAACCUUUAGUUGGAAAUGCCGUAUAUAUAAUAACAGUGAUUGUUGAUGGAUAUACAUCAUCCCAAAGAGAAAUGGAAUUUAUUGAAAAACAAAUAUUCCAAAGAUUAUCAAAGUAUGUAGAUAAAGAUAUUUUAGCUGCACUAAUAACUAGACUUACAGAUGGAGUUAUUGUGCCUGUUUUACCAGAAUCAAAUAUAAAUAUUGGUUAUCCAGAUUGUUCCUUUCUAUAAAUAAUAAAUUGUGACUCUUUAAUCACAAUUAAAGUA